AUGGAUAAUCACAGAGUAAUCUACUCAAAACUGAAUUUGCCCCCAAACCCGAAGAACCAGGAGAGAAAGUCUAAGGGCAAUAAAAGCUUCAUUUUAGUAACUGAACAGGAAAUAUCCUAUGCGGAAUUAAGCCUUCAAACUGCCUCUCAGGAUCUUCUAGACAAUAACAAAACUUUCCACAGCAAAGAUUUAUUGUCACCUCCAGAGAAGCUCAUUGCUGGCAUCCUGGGAAUUAUCUGUUUGGCAUUAAUAGUGACCAUGGUAACAAUAGUUAUUAUUCUUUCUACAGCAACACAGAAGCGGACCAAUUCCUUCCAAAAUGAAAGCGACCAGAAAGCAUAUAAUUGUAGUUGUCCAGAGGAAUGGUUUACAUAUUCCAACAGCUGUUAUUACAUUGGAAAGGAAACAAAAACUUGGGAGGAGAGUAUGAUGGCCUGUGCUUCUAUGAACUCCAGUCUGCUUUAUAUAGAUGAUGAAGAAGAAAUGAAACUUCUGACCUCUCUCGUACAUGAAGCAUGGAUUGGAGUCUUCCGUUGGAGCAGUGAUCAUCCAUGGGUGUCAAUAAAGGGCUCACUGUUCAAACAUCAAUAUGAGGAAAAAUUUCGAAAGCUAGAACAAUGUUGA